AUGAAUACAAACUUUUCUCUUGUCGAUAAAGAGAGAGGAUUGUAUGCAACAAAAGACGGCAAAUUAUUCCUAACAGAACCAGGGACACGCGAACUUACCAGAAGUCCGCUUCUUUUUACCCCACCAAUUAGAGUUUUAGCAUCUGAAGAAUAUGAUCCAUACGCAAUAGUUUUAACAGCUAAUGGUAUGCUUUCAGUCUUAUCUAUACCAGAAAAGAGAAUUAUUAAGAACAUUGCAGUUCCUGGAAAUUCUGGAGUUAUUGAAACAAUUGUUUUAACUAAAAAGGACGACAAAGUUAUUAUAACGCUAUGUGGAACAAGAGGACACUUCAGAUUACAAGACAAUCACUGGAAUCUAGUGGUUGAACCAUUAGAUACUUUAAUGGCAAACCCAGAUACAAAAACAAGUGCACAAUGUGCUAAAUUGGAAAAUGAUAUUGCAUGCGCCAUUGAAGAAAGGUCAUUUGAAAAAUAUUCGAACUCUGUACAAAAAUAUCUUGUUUACAUGGCUACAUUUUGCUCAAAAUCUGCUUUUAUUGAAAUUUGGUACGAGAUCAUACACGCGGAAUUACCUUUUGAAGCACCAAUUCUCACAAAUUUCUGGAGAGAGACUUUAGAUAUUUUAUCAUCAAUAGAAAGAAUAGCUUCAUUGACAGAUGAGCUAGAAAUGAGUCUUAAUCAAGAAAUCUAA